AUGGGAUAUAGAUUCUUGCCCACAGACGAAGAACUGGUGGUGUAUUACUUGAUCAACAAAGCAUUUUACAGGCCUCUUCCAGCUGAAGUCAUUCCAGACAUCCGUGAAAGAGAGUUUUAUAGCAGUCCUCCUUCCGAUCUAGCCAAGAAAACACACUGGAGGAUGGAAGAAUAUCGACUGCCCAUUGACUUUUAUAUGAAAAAUGAUAUGAAGGGAGAGGGACUGGCAUUGGGAAGAAUUAGAAGGAACAAGGAGUAUGAUAGUGGGUUCUAA